GAUGCUUAGCCACACCCACAUACACCCACGCAGAAGAGCAGUUCCUGUAUGAAAAACUAUAAAUAUUCACCUGCUUCUACUGUCAAACCCUCUUCGACCGAAGGCACAACAUGCACAUCAUCAGCAUGCUCCUCUUACCGGCCCUCUUCCUGCUCUCCGGUGUCCUCUGCGCUGUCCCGGUGGCGGUGGAAUCCGUCCCCACCUUUGAGUUCCGAAACCAAUUGACCGGGGAAAUCCUCACCUGUGCCAAGUGUCCACCGGGUACCCACAUGACCGCGCACUGCACCGCCUCCACGCCCACCGGGUGCGCGCCGUGCAGAAGCGAGCACUUCACCGAGCUGUGGAACUACCUGCCCAGGUGUUUGUACUGCAACAACAUCUGCUCGGAGAACCAGGAGGUGGAAACGGAAUGCUCACCGAUGAGCAACCGCGUGUGUCGGUGCACAGACGGCUUUUACUGGGCCAACGACUUCUGUGUCAGACACUCAGAGUGCGAGCCCGGACAAGGUGUUCAAGCGAAAGGCACGUCGCAAACGAACACUGUCUGUGAACCGUGUUCCAACGACUCCUUCUCCAGCUCGUCAUUCGCGCUGGAGACGUGCGUAAAACACCAGGAAUGCGCAAGCGGAAAGACUGAGCUGCUCCCCGGCUCAGUUUACCACGAUACGGUGUGUGGCACCUGCGAGGAGCUCGCAAAUGGAGGUGAGACGCUCAGGACAUUCCUCUCAGGGUUCCUCGCAAUGCACAGGAUGCGUGUGGCAAAAAUGAAGAGAUUCGUCACCAGGUACAUUGAUAAGUCAGUCCCCAGACAGAGAGGUCCUCUCCUGCUCCAGAUCAGAGCGUGGCUGGCCCAGGCCCCAGAGGAGCAGCUGAGAAAACUGCCACAGAUGCUGCAGAUGUCUCAGCUCAGCUCCAUGGCAGAAAAACUACAGAAGAGACUUCUGGAGAUCAAGCUGCAAAGCCUAGGCUGUAGUUUGUGUAUCUGACUGGCAGCUCGUGGUACAUGUAGGAGUAUAACACAAGGCCUUGAGACCAAUUAAAGGGCACAUAUACCUCGUUCUCUGGAUUUACAGCUGCAAUUUUUUUGUUUGUUUUGUCCAUUAGAAAAGCACCUGAACAGUAUUUACCAUGUUGUUCAUUAGCCUGUGAAAGUCCCAACAAAUGUUGGCUUAGUAAUGUUAAAUAGAAAUCAGUGAGGUAAUAUAUGAGGGACUGUUUCCAUUCAUUGAUCAUUUCAGGUAAUUACAUGUACAUGUAACAGGAAGGCUGCAAUCAUGAAGAUGUUAAAAGAUCAUUCAUCAGACAACCUGUUUGACUUUCAGGGCCAUUUGUGUUUCGAUCAGAUUUAUAUGUAGAUAUAUGUUGGGAUAACUUCAGAAGUAGAUUAGAAAUAAACAAAUGUCUUGAACGUCACAUGAUGGCAUGAAUGACUGUAUGAGUCUGGAAAGAAAUGUAUGUUUGUUAUGAAAUGUGCGGGAUAAAAACAGUUAUUAUUUUAUCAAUCAA